CAUCUUGGAAUGAUACCAAAGACCUUAAAUUUUUAUUCUAAUCAGUUUCCUCUAUUUCAAUUUUUAUCCUUUAGAGCAAGCAUUAUUAUGACAUUAUAUCAUGUUUCUUUGUGAUCAUCCCCAUGGCAGGUGCUUCUACAUGAAGGCGGAACUCUUCUUGUGUGCUUGAAUUUCAUCCGUGCUCUUAAUGACCCUACGUGGUCCUAGAAAGACAAUAUCUCAAAGCUAGCUAACCAAUUGCGAAAUAGGAAAUGCAUAUAACAAAACUUGUGAACGUUAACACAUUCUGUUUGUUGGGAAUAUUACUCAAAGGCGGUGAAGUUCUUGAUGCUCUAGCAUCAUGUCGUAGCAUUGCAUUUGACAAAACUGGCACUUUGACGACUGGGGAUUUUGUGUGUAAAGCAAUUGAACCAAUUCAUGGUCACAUGAGUAGGCAGGAGAAACAGUUUGCUUGCUGUAAACCCACUUGUGAAACAGAAGCCCUUGCUGUUGCAGCUGCGAUGGAGAAGGGCACUACUCACCCAAUUGGAAG